UAAGUAGACAAUAUAGUACGCAAAUGAUUAUAACUGUGUGUGUAAAUUGUUACGAGACUUCGACCGUUUGAGUUGUGUUGUGACUGCUCACCGAUAUUAAUUUUCAAUGCGAUUUUAAUUUAUAGUUAUUAUUAAUAAUACACUACUUAAUCUUAUUAAUUAUUAUUUGAAUACUUCGUGAUAACAUAAUUGUAUCUGGAAAUUAACUUUAAUGUUUUGAUCAGUGCUAUAAAAAGUGGUGGUGCAUUUGUUUAUUUAUAGACAGUCGCAAUUUGCAGUCAUGUAAUUAUUCUGUUCCUUUGGCCGUAAAAUGUCUCAGAAGGAUACAGCGAUACAUCUAGUUGCCGGCGGGGUGGCAGGAACAGCGGGAGCUGUUGUAACAUGUCCAUUAGAGGUUGUGAAGACUAGACUACAGUCAUCGAAGGGUGUCGGGGUACCACCAUCACAGCCGCCACCCUCCGAUAGUGCUACACAUGCUAGAAAAGUCUGUUCUAAAAUUCCAAAACACCAGGAGGCCAAAUGGGGCUACAGACGUACAAUGGGCGCAAUGUUCGCGUACAGCAAGCAAGCAGAUCGUAUGCUGAUGUCGUACAAUUGUCAGGUUCAGCAGUACGCGAGGGCUGGCCACGCCAGGACCAUCAACAGGAUGAGCCUCAUACAGUGCAUAAGGCAUAUCGUCCAAACUGAGGGCACUAAGGCGCUAUUCAAGGGCUUAGGACCAAAUAUAGUGGGCGUCGCACCGUCCAGAGCUAUAUAUUUUUGCACAUACUCGCAAGCAAAGGCCAUAUUAAAUCAACAUAUAGCACCUGAUACGCCCAUUGUACAUCUCUCCGCAGCCAGUGCUGCAGGGUUCGUAUCGUGCACAAUGACUAAUCCAAUAUGGUUUGUGAAGACUCGGCUACAAUUGGACGGGCAGAAUAUGUCAGCUUUGCAAUGUAUUAAGAGGAUAUAUCACAAAACGGGCAUAAGAGGCUUCUAUAAGGGUAUCACUGCGUCGUAUAUGGGCAUAAGUGAGACUGUAGUACACUUCGUACUCUACGAGGGUGUGAAGGCAAGACUAAUAGCGGCCAGGAGUGUAGACGGUGUGCCGAACGACCAGCGCUCACCAAGGGACUUCAUCGAGUUCAUGGGAGCCGGUGCCUUCUCGAAGACGGUCGCAUCCUGUAUUGCAUAUCCACAUGAGGUAGCAAGGACACGGUUGAGAGAAGAAGGUGACAAAUAUCGAAAAUUCUGGGAGACAUUGCACACAGUUUGGAAGGAGGAAGGGUACCGUGGAGUAUAUAGGGGCUUAGGCACUCAAUUGGUUCGUCAAAUACCGAACACAGCGAUCAUGAUGUCAACAUACGAAGCGGUGGUGUAUCUGCUAACGACGCAUUUCAACAGUUCCUUCUACGAGAACACCUAGCAAUCGACUGAAGCCGCGUAGGUCCCAGUGCGACGUAAUGCCUGAACCCCGUAGUCUAGAAGUUUGCAACUGAAAAUCGAGAGCCAACUCUUUGAUGAUGCAUGUGAAAAGAAGUAGUAUCGGCUCGAUUUAUUUUAUAAUUAUCCUCGAACAUUAUAGAGUUUUUCGCUUUACUAGUAAACGUUGUGCCACGUCAUGUGACUGAUUUAAGAUUAGUGUUUGUUAUAAUUUUACGGUCUCGAGGUAGCAUAGACAUCUCGAAAUAUCUAAUGGUUAAUAGAACUUCAUAGUGUGUUAAGAUGGAAGCAGUACUUAAUAAAUGUACGUAAUUUAAUCAUAGAUAUUUUUCUUUUUUCAAUUGAUAAACAUGUUUCAAUACAAAAAUAUAUUCUGGCUCGCUAGUGGUAGCAUUACAGAUGUGGCUUUUCGUUUGGUACAUUAACUUAAUGCGUAAAUACUCGCAAACCAAUAUGAUCGCGACAUUGAUUGCAUCUUUCACUUUAUUCCGUUUGUCAAAAUGGACAACAGUGUACAGGGCCUAGAUAGCGCUAUCUUAUCAUUGGCAUCAUGAUUAAUAGAAACCACGAAGAACUGCAUAUGUAAUUAAAAUAUUUCUUCUCUUUUGUUUGCACGAAUAUAAUCUGUAUUUAGUAUUGAAAUAUGUUUAUAAAUAUUUAUAAUUUGCAAUUGAGACUGUAAAGUAAUUCUAACAACAAACUACAAUGCCUUUCUUUUAAUUAAAAAUAGAAGGCUGUUUUUCCUAAUAAUGCUCCAAAUAGUGACACCCGAAAAACCAUUGUAGUCAUAGUUCUAGUCUCACAUUCAAUAUAUUAUAAACAAUUGUCAUUUUAAUUAUUGGUUUAUUAAAAUACUAUUUUAUUGUUUUAAAAGUCACAUUAAUUAAUAUUACAAUGUUAGAAUAAAAUAAUGUAACUUCCAGUCAGACCUACAAAAAUUAAUUUAUCAAGUAACUUCAGAAACUAAAUGUUUAAAAAAAAAGCUUUAUUUAAACAUUUGAUUUCUCAAGAUAUAAUUUUGGUAUUUGUAGUAAAGUUGGUACAUGUUUAAAAAAAAUAUUUUUUGUUUUCUCACAGACUUUUAAAUUGUGUGAGCUUUUGUGGCCAUAAUUAUUUGUUCAACAUACUAUAAACUGUUGCUCAGUUUACUCGUUGUUCAAUAUCGUGUUAUACUUAUUAUUCCAGUCCUUUAGCGCACAUAGAAUGUUGUAAGCUGUGAUAUAGUACUUGUAAAUAUUAGUUUGGUGAUGAUAAUAUUAAAACACGUGCACACAUUUAUAGCUCUUAAUGUCAUUACACACAAUAGGGGAAAGUAUUAUUUCUCUCGUUUUUUAUAUUCAGUCGAUAUUUUUUUUUUAAGUCAAAAACAAAAUGCAACAAAUGAUGUAAUUGAAAUUGUUAAUGUUGUAGAAUCAAGUAGAAAAUUGAUUACAAAUUGUGCAUAAUAAAUAUAACUCUACAGAUUUAUAAAUUGUUAAAAUAUUUUUAAGGUCAAAUGUAGACUGAGUAUAAAAUACUAUUAAUUUUGUUUAAUCAAUAAAUGGUCAAAAUUA